UCAUCUCACUCGUCGCCUGGGCAGUGUCUCGUUCCACCGUCUUCGCCCCGCCUUUAUUAGCCCACUCCGACUACCAUGCUCACAUCUCCCAUCAUGUCCCGCCCCGGCAUCGCUCUACCCUCGAUUCGAGAGAUGUUCCCCGACAUGGAUGGCUCAUCCGAACGCAGCACCCUCCAACCCACAGCUCGCCUCUCCCCUCAACAGUCCACCAGAUCGCCUGCAAUGAGGAGCGCCACCGAUGCGGCGACCAUGCGCAACGCCGACAAGUACCACGCACAUUCACGCUACGCCACCUCUCCAUACCCGCAGUACCGUGGCUCUCUUCCCUCGCCACCACCUUCGCGCUCAGGCGAGGCUCAGAUGCACACACACUCAUCAUCCCCAGAAAUUCUCCACCGUGGUCCCGUGACUACAAGCCCUGCUUAUUCUUUUAACGUCCUCCGUGCAGACCCAGCUGGGUCCUCACUGGAGCACGUUGCCUCCUCUACGAGCGCACGCAACCACCCACGUGCAACUAAUCUUGCCCCCGUCGCGCAGCCCACCCACUCCAUGGCCCACACCUCAGGCAUCGCACCAGUUUUCCGCGUCUCGAUGCCCAUCGAUAUGAGCACCGCGCGACGAUACCAUUAUCACGAGCCUGCGCCCACCAAUGCGCCAAUGACAGGCCAGGUGACAUUCCGCGAGGGCGGCGAGCCCUCCUCAUCGAAGCACCACUACUCCGCAGCCCCGCCUACCCACGGACAAGCGCAAAUGAUGGCUGUCCACCAGCAGCAUCCAUACCCCUCCCAAGGACCCCCCAGUGGCUCCGCUGGAGCGUCGGCGUCAUCAUCUAUCCCACCCGGCUCGAUGCUCGCCUUCUCGAUCAGCGAUCCGCCGGGCCGUGCGCCCACCAUCGUCGACGGCUCGCGACGCGGGUUCCCAAAGAUCAUUGAACAGGGUCAUGCAGGGCAACAUUCGGGCAAUGGCGGCGGCAACGAGGGGCGUGGCAAGCGGCACGAGUGCCCACACUGCCGCAAGCGCUUCAACCGGCCGAGUAGCCUCAAGAUCCAUGUUAACACGCACACGGGCGCGCGACCGUACCGGUGCCCGUAUCCAGGGUGUGGCCGUGAGUUCAACGUGAACUCGAACAUGCGCCGGCACUGGCGUAAUCACUCGCGUGUUGGCGCCGGACCCUUCCCAGAGGAACUCGACGUCUUCGUGCAAACGCACCGACCCGAUCCUCGCAGCGCUGGCCAAUUUGCCAGUAUCAACUCCGCUAGCGCCGGCAUGGUGGCUACCUCACACCGUCGGGCAGCGAGCGGCGCUAGUUCCAGAGCUGCGCUCAUCUCCCCGCCGACCACGACGCACAGUAUCAGCGACGGCGACUCGGACGACGAGCCUGUCUUGCUUGGGUCUGGACCUGGACCCGGAUCCGUUCCCUCGCGGCGACCAUAUGGCGCUAUGGACGUGGACGAUGCAGAUCCCUCAGACGGCGAGAGCGCCUCCGAGGACGAGGAUGAGGAUGAGCGGCCCCGCAAGAUCCAGGUUGUGCCCAGCUCCAGCUCAUCCGAGUCGGAGUGGUCUCGACCUGCGUCGCCUUGUCGCCAGCCAGCUUCAUCGACCUCGCAGACGACCUACUACACGCACGGUUCGCAUCACUCGAGGAAUGGGCAUAGCGGGGAUUAUACGUACCGCCCGUCUCUGCCUGCUUACGCGCGCUCGAUGACGGACACGCGGGUGUCGACUGCUCUGCGACCUGCAUUUGCGACUUAGUGCUCGUCUUUAAUGUUUUUCUUGCUUUUUCUUUCUUUUUUGAUUCUUUCUUGCUUACAAGGAUGUGGCAAAGCUGAAUGCUAAACAACGCCGUGUACAUAUAACUGUGCUCUUGGUUUCAACCACUUUCUUGCUCUGAACGAUCGUACGCAACAAACACAUUACAGCAUACUGUAGAUCAUGCAAAUUCAUGAAUAUAGGAUAACGCACAAGUAUAAAUCGCUAC